AUGUCAAAUACUGCUUUUUCACUUUUAAAAUCUGAACGCUAUAACAAAUAGCCUUCUCCGUAUAAUUAUUAGAUAGACAUAGAAAAGACUAUUAGACUUGUUAAGAAUAUGAGCGCUUAGCAAUUAAAGAAGAGCGAAACAAAUAGUGAGAGGAAAAAAGAUAAGUUAUAAGUAGAUGAAAUGAAUGAUUCUGAGAGGUCAGAAUUAAGCAAUGAAAUUAAGAAGAAAAAGAAGACACUCAUCAAAAGAAAUAUUAGGCUAUCUAAUAAGUCCUACAAUAUGAAUAAUGCCAGCUUUUCUAGAAACAGAUUUGAUACUUCAGCCAUUUAGUAUCAUAAUAACACAAUGAAGUAAUAGGAUAUUGACAAGUUAGAAUACUUGCGAAUGCUCAUAAAACCAAAAGAAAAAUCACAAAUGCAGGGAGCUCUUCUUUCCUAGUUUCAAAGCGAAUAAAUUAAAAGCGUUUACAAAGAUAAUAAAAGCCAAAAAUCAAGUUAAAAUUAUAAUAGGAAUCUCAAAUCAUCCAAACAGGCAAAUAAUCUCACAUUUUCAGAAUAUGGCUACCAGCAAAAAAUGAUUUUAGAUGAGGCAUUAGCUAUUUAGAAUCAGUCAAGUCUAAACGCAAACGCAUAACAGCAAAAAAUAAUGGACCCUCCUGAUUUUAUAAGUAUUCCAUUAAAAGACUUCAAGAUUCCAGAAAAGGCAGAGGUUAAAAAGCAGAUUCUAUCAUUCAACAAUUUUCAACCUAAUCUAAACUUUGUCUACCCACAGAGGAAAAAUAAUCUUAGUUUGAAGAUUCAUAAGAGAUUUAUGAGCAUUAAGAACCUGUAAAAGUAACUUCUAGAAUCUGAAGUCAAUUCAUCUCAAAACAAAAAGAUUAUCAUCCCAUUGACAGUUUAACUGGAUUAAAUAUAAGAUCUCAAGAUAAUUUCUAGAAAAAUUGAUUAAUCAAUGACUCAUAGAAGUAGAAAGAUCAACAAUAACCUUGAAUAUCUCAGAGCUAUAAAUACUUAUUCAAAAAAUAAAAUAUGCAGAGAGUUUCAGCAAGUUUAAAUCUUAAAUAUCGAAAACACUUAAUUAAGCUAAUCUUAGGAUCCGAGUUUCUAAUCAUCUAAUAAUCAAACAUCAAAGAUCAGAAGUAGAGCUUAAACAGCAACUCAUAAUCCCAGAAGCAGAGUAAAUAAAAGUGGAUUUUUAGAUUCUAGGUAUACUACAGCAAAGUAAAAUAAUGAGAAUGAAGAAAAUGGAUAAGACAAGGAUAAAGACUAACUCGAAUAGUUAUCAGAGUUUUAAUUGAAUGCUUAUGUAAAUGUACCUAAAGUUGACAUUUAGAAAACUGAGAAUUCUACAUUUUACAGAACUGCUGAUAAAUCUUUGAUAAACAAUUAAGGCAGAAAUAAUGAGAGCGUUUCUGCCAAUAAAUCUCAUAAUAACUAAAAACCUAAUUCUAUUCGAAAUGAAUUGCGCGAUACUAAAACUUCUAAGUUAUCAAGAAUUCACCAAUAGGAUAAAAAACCUCAAUCAAAAAUUUCAAACUCUAGUGGAAUGAUGUUUUAUGUAUCUAACCAAAAGAGAAUAAAUAAUCUCAAGAAGUCUAGGCAGUAACAGAAGUUAUAAAACUAUAGUAAUCCUUAGGAAUUUUACUCUCUAAGCAUGAUUGAUCACUAGUUUAUGGACAAAACUAAUAAUUAGGGCAUAUAUGGAUAGCCAUAUAACCAAACUCUUUCCUCUAUUUCUCAAGCGAACUCAGUCUUGUCAAAUUCAGCUAGAAAACAUAAAACCUCAACCAAGAUUAAUUAGCCAGGAUUCAUCUCAUAGAGUAUGCCACCUGAUUCUUAUGCCAAGCAACUUCGAAAGAAUUAUAGUAAAAAGCAGCAUUAGUAAAAGUUAAAUUCAAACGAAGUCCUCAGACCUAUAGAAUCUUUCAACAUUACUGUGAUAAAUACUGAUUCAGCUGAUCCUAUUCUGAAAAACAAUGCAAUUAACCAGCAUCUUCAUCACAAAGGCAUACAUUUGAAGUUGGAUUUGAGCAAAAAUAUGAAAAAUGCUGGCACCUACUUUGAUGAUGAUAUUAUAAAGACGAGUGAAUUGAAUUAAAAUUAAACUGGAACAAGAGAAGAGUUAUAGGAGAUUAUGCCUCAGUCAAUUUUUGAUAAUAUAAAAAUCACAAAUAAAGAGUUAAAUCUUGAACCGAUUCAAUAGCUCGAGUUAAUGAUUGACAGCUCAGCAAGAGAGGAAUAAUUUUAACUCUAGUAGCUUACUAUGAGAAAUUAAGACUAAGAAGAAACAUCGUAGGAAUUUGCAAGCCAAGUUAGAAUUAUAUUUUGA